ACAAACAACAAAUGCACUAGCUGUGCUAAUGGAUACUUUCCGACCAACAAUCAAAUAUGUGCUCCUUGUACAUACACGGACUGUUUAACGUGUACAGACUCAUCUGCAUGUACUUCGUGCAAGCCCGGUAAAUAUGGUUUAACGUGUGCUAAUCAAUGUGGCCUUAACGGCCUUGGAUGUAUAAACGACACGUGCGAUUUCGAUGGAAAGUGCUCUUGCAUUGAUGGAUAUUAUAACUUAUAUUGUACGGGGAAAUGUUCGAAUCAUUGCAUUGAUACAUGUGAUAAAGGUAAUAGGUCAUGCCAAUGUAAACCAGGAUACUUUGGCGAAACAUGCCAAUAUAAUUGUUACAGUGGAUGCUUAGAAUGUAAACAUGAUGAAUUUCCUUGCUCAGCAUGCCAACCUGGAAAAUACGGCAAUCUUUGUCAGUUGCACUGUAAACCUGAGUGUAAUGGAACAUGUCAUAUCUCAACCGGUAAUUGCCUUUCAUGUCCUGCCAAGUGUGAAGCAUGUGACAGUUCGCUUGAGAAAUGCAACGGAUGUAUAUCAGGAUAUUAUGGAGAACAAUGCGAAUAUAAAUGCCCUUUGCAAUGUUUAACAAAAUGCGAUCAAUACAACGGUCAAUGUCAAGAUACGUGUCCUUAUCAGUGUGACACGUGCAUGAACCGCACGUCUUGCACACGAUGCAUGAGAGGUCACUAUGGUCAAAUAUGCGACCAGAAAUGUCCCAAAACGUGCGACAACUUAACAUGCGACAAACAUUCAGGAGCAUGCCACAAAUGUAUAAACUAUACAUUCUACGGUAAUUCUUGCAAUGUGUCAUGCAGUUCAAACUGUAACAACAACGAAUGUUUGCAAGACAGUGGUGCGUGUAUCAGUGGUUGCAUUUACGAUUACUCUGGUCUUCUCUGCGAUCUAAGAUGUCCUGGAAUGUGUUUAAGAUCUGCAGACAACACAGCUGCUGUGUGCGAUGUAGAUGGAAAUUGUAUCGGUGGCUGUGUAAAAGGAUUCGAAGGGAAUAAAUGUGAUAUGAUAGCAAAUGCAAGCAGUAAAGACAACAACACGAGUGAUCCACCUGUAGCCAUCAUUGCCGGUGCAGCAGCAGGGGGCGUGGUACUGAUCAUACUCAUCGUGGUUAUUGUGGUCGUUCUUAAAAUAAGGCGACCGAAAGAUAGAGAAUCUCCAGGGAAUGUGUACGAAAAUAGCGUAUUUGAUGGAAGAGCGGCUCCUGACACAGCCAUAGCUCUAGCAGACGGACUUCAAACGAGGACGUCAGACUACAGUUACCUGGACAAUCAGUCGGAUAUCUCUCAUACAUAUUCAGCCUUGGCAACUAACGCUGCUGCCAUAAUACCGGAUACGUUACAUACAUAUACAAAUCUUGAUUCCAAUGCUAUGGGUGACAAACCAGAUGUGUCGAAUACACAUACUUAACUGGCUGAAAAAGCUGUUUGAAUACGGAGAAUUUACUCAUUGAAUAUGUCCAGUUAACCCAUUCUAUAGAACAAGUGACAGGUCAAGAAGGCAUGCAUUGUCUUAGUUUGUUCUUUCUUUUGCAUACCAUUUUAAUAAUAUUCUUUGUACUGUUUAUAUUAUUCUUUAUUAAUAAUGCAACAAGUUAUAAAAAAGUAGUGAACCGACCUACAUUAGUAAUGUGUGGUGUACUAGUGGUGUAGUGGAUUGUGAGUCUUGGUAGAUCAACUAGAUCAUUAUGCAAUAUUAUUUGGUUAUAA